AUGGCUAAACGACAGGCGAUUGAGGCAGUCGAUCGUACAUUCCAAGACAUUAUAGGCGUUAGUCUCCGAUUUGGUGGGAAGAUAAUGGUUAUGGGAGGUGACUUCAGACAGGUGUUGCCGGUUAUUAAACGUGGCACUCGAGCACAGAUUGUAGACUCCAGCGUACGAAUGUCACCUCUUUGGUCUUUGACUAAGAAGAUGCGGUUGACCAUAAAUAUGAGAGCGCUGAAAGAUCCGUGGUUUUCUAAAUUUCUUUUAAGAGUCGGCGAUGGAACUGAAGAACCAAUCGAAGGAAACUAUAUUCGCAUACCCGAUGACAUGACAAUUCAGUGCAACAACAGAGAAAACGCUAUAAAAGAAUUGAUCCAUGCCAUCUUUCCAUCAAUUGAAGAUAAUGUAUAUUCUUCAGAUUAUAUAAUCUCUAGAGCAAUAUUGUCCACUAAAAAUGAGAGUGUUGACGAGAUUAAUAAUCAAAUGAUUGAAAUUUUUCAAGGGGAGGAAAAAGUUUAUUACAGUUUUGAUGAAGCUGAAGACGAUCAGCGUAACUUCUAUCCGGUCGAGUUCUUAAACUCGCUAAAUGUUAGUGGUUUGGCGCCUCAUAAGCUUCGUUUAAAAAUUGGAUGCCCAAUAAUAUUGUUACGUAAUAUCGAUCCAUCACAUGGCCUGUGUAAUGGCACGCGGUUGAUAUGUAAGGGUUUCAUGCGAAAUGUUAUUGAUGCGGAAAUUGCAGUCGGUCAACAUGCCGGAAAAAGAGUUUUUUUGCCAAGAAUCCCUCUAACCCUUUCUGAAGAUGACAUGUUCCCAUUCAAGCUGAAAAGAAAACAAUUUCCAAUUCGACUUAGCUUUUCCAUGACGAUUAAUAAAGCUCAAGGUCAAACAAUUCCGAACGUUGGUAUUUAUCUACCGGAUUCUGUAUUUUCACAUGGACAACUUUAUGUCGCGUUAUCAAGAGGGAUUUCAAGACAAAGUACGAAGAUGUUGGUACAUCUCGCCAAAGAAUUCAAACAACGCGGAGUUUACACAUCAAAUGUUGUCUACCAGGAAGUGUUGCGUGAUUAA